AUGUCCGAAGAAUAUUAUCCCGGUUAUACGUCCAUUUGUUCUUACAUAAGAAAUCGUAAAGAGAAAUGUUCCUUUCGCGAGUUCGUAGACCUUUACCAGGAAGUGAUUAUAGAAUCUCCACCAAAUACUGAUAACUGGAAUGGUAUAGAAGUUGCAUGGAAAACGAGAUUCUUAAGAAACAUAAAGGAUAUUAUUCCUGAAAAGGUAUUCAGUGAUCGGCUGGCUCAAGUGAUGGUGGUUGCGCUCUUGGUCAAUGAUCGGUUGACUUUGGAGUAUCUAGUGAAAUCAGAAACUUCGAAUAAGUCUUUAAUGUAUUAUUGGCAGAAUAUUGUCAACGAAAAAGAACAAAAAUCCGUAAUCAAUAAUCAUAUAUCUGGUAGUCUAAAAAUAUUGGACGCCACGGCUAAAUAUAAUGCAAAUACAAUCGUUUCGAAAGUUUCGAAUCCUCGAGAGAUAGAUACAGAUGCUUCAUUACCAAAUGAACGUUUAGAGGACGAGGUCGAUGUUUUUUUCCAAAGUUCACAAACGGAAUGCAAUGAUGAUGACAACUCCAAAUCUCGAAAGAUGCAUGUGUAUGAUUACGAAAAAUUUGAAAAAUCUUUCGCUAAAUUGGAUGAUUCCAACAAGUGGACACUCACAACCGGAACCGUUGUGGAAGACGCUAUUUAUAAGUUCGGCCUACGUUGUAAAUACGAACAUCUUGCUCAUUCGUUUGUCUUGGACCCUGACGACGAUACUUACCUGAAAGAAAAUGUUUUCACCGAAAGCGAAUUACGUGAAAUUCGCCAUUUUCAAGUCAAGGAAACGCCAAUGAUGCCUCUUGACUUGACUAAAUAUCUAAAUAGCUUCAACCUUAAAACCACUUCAGAAAUUCGGAAACAAAUAUUUAUUCCUGAUAAAAUAGAUCAAGACUUCAAUAGGUCAAGGGAUUUUGAUAGAGACUGGAUUCGAAAUACAAUAUAUAAUUUGUAUGUAAUAACUUCAUUCAUUUUAAGAUUGGAUACUAAGUUUGCACCCCAAUUUCACAGAUUGCAAGAAUAUGAGUCGAAUACUUUAACGACGGAUCACCUAGAACUUUGGAUACUCGUUCAUGUUUGGAGUUUCACCGAUAAAGUUUUUAAUGAACUUGAGGAAGUGAAAGUGGUCAGAGGGGAGUCGUGUAGCCUGUCGUCAUCAGCACGAAAAAAUCGUGAAAGAACCGUGCCUGGAACAGCAGAUAUGAAACGAAAAGCGCUUGGAAGGAAAGGCGAUAUGAUUAUUCGUAAGAUAACAGUUGAGUUUGGGUGUGCAGAAGCAGGUCGACAAUUUGAGGGUGAGAAUGGUACGAAGCUGUUGCGUGAAAGAGGCCUUAAAAUGCCAAAAAUGAUGAAGGACAUGUUCAGACACCUAUGUGAAACUUUCAACCAAGAUGAUCAUAAAACCCGCCAAUUGGAAACGAUUGGUUUCCUUCAUGCUGGGCUCAUGAUGGUACUUCUGCGCCUGGACUCACCAGCUGGAUAUGUGUGUCGUGUGUCACGAUCAAAAUCUUUUUCUAUCGCUACAAAUAUUAAAAAAUUUGGAAAGACACUUCCUUUAAUUUCUUUGACAUGGAAGGCUAAAAAAAUUGUUGAAAAUAUGAUCAGUUUGAUUGAACAAACUAAUGAAACCGAUGAAGACCAAUUACAAAGUCUACAAGAUGUCUACGAUAUUACACCACUUUCACCACGAAAACGAAAAAAAGUAGACUUACCAACAUGCUUGGACACUCCAACAAAACCGUCAAAGAGAGUCAAAGAAAUCCCGCAUGAUCUGCUUGGACCACCACCACCAUUUAACCUGCUACCAAGCAUAGUAUCUUGCCCAGAUCCUCAGUGUGAGGGAGAAAAUAAAGUUACUGCUAAAUUUUGUUCAGAUUGUGGAAAGCCAUUAAUGGAAUGA